AUGAUAUCACGGACCUUGCCCUCGACGACCGACACAGCAAUUGGAAAGUUGACUGACCGAGAAAACACCACAGGCGGUCCUAUUUUCGAAGAAAGCGAAUCAACCGCCCUCGAUGUGCGAGCACGAGAGUCAGAUGAGGAGGUAGACGAGACUAAUGAUUCUGGUGCAACCGGACAUGGCGCCUCGCACAAUGAGACCGCCUCUGACGCUGGCUCACAAGCGGGCAACGAUGCCGAGGAGCUCGAAGAUGGAAUGCUCCUCCGUGAUCUGCCUAAGCGGACGACAUUUUACGACCCUGUCGCUGAGCGUCAAAUGAGCCAGACAGAUGCAAAAUACUUCUACCACCGUAACAAGACUGAUGCACGAAGCGGUGGUGGAGCUGGCAACCAAUCUAUACCUCAAAGCCCUUUCCUCGCUUCUGGUUCUCGCCCUGCCACUGAGUAUGGUGCCGAUUCCCUGGUGUUGGAAUCGAAUGGUCGCCGGGCCGAUUCCUUUCCACCAGGCUUGGACAUGCCGAAUCCUGCCAUUGACCCUUCGGGUUUCACUCAAUCACCUACAAAGCUUGAUGCGCAAUCUACACCAUUUCCAUCGAAUCAUUCUACAGUUCCCCACGCUGGCCAUGUAGCCCAAGAUCCACGACUCCCAGAUGGUUCCAGUAACGGCUUACCCUCCGGCGGCCUCUUCGAUACCGAGCCUCAUAUUACAUCAGAACUGAGUGCUAUCUCGAAGAACAUCCAGAGAAUUUUGGAUACUAGGCGCAAGUACAUCGCACUUUCUAACCAAGGCCCUGACGAUAACCCAAGAGAUGAUCCAAACUGGGAAAUAUAUCCGCCUCCGCCAGAACCAGCUUGGCAACAGUCUUCUGCACAAAGAGCAAGUGCCACGGAGCAUGUACCCGGGCAAGAGAAUAUUGGGGCGAAUUCCUUGCCUGGAGAGCCACCCCAGGAUCGUCACGAGGGUAAGAGGUCGGCGCGGCGGCGAAAGCCGGGCCAGGAUAUCGGAGAGGACUUCGACAUGGCCGACGUAUUACCUUUGCCAGGCAAUGACGGGCGUUCGUACAGAUUGGAUGACAGCGGAGUCUACCAAGUAUUCGAGAGCGAUGAUGCACAAGCGCCUGCAAUUGAAGUCCCCACCAUUAGAGAGUUUUACAUGGAUUUGGACGACAUGCUGGAUGUCUCGUCCGACGGACCUAGCAAGAGUUUCGCAUUCCGACGUCUUCAGUAUCUUGAGGGCAAAUUCAACCUAUACGUCCUCCUUAAUGAGUAUCAAGAGACUGCCGACAGCAAGAAGGUUCCUCACCGAGAUUUCUACAAUGUUCGAAAGGUCGAUACUCACGUUCAUCAUUCUGCGUGUAUGAACCAAAAACAUCUGCUACGCUUCAUCAAGAGCAAGAUGAAGAAAUUUCCCAACGAAGUAGUCCUAUUCCGUGAUGGAAGACAUCUAACUCUGGCAGAGGUCUUUGCUAGCAUUAAUCUGACUGCCUAUGACCUCAGCAUUGAUACUUUAGAUAUGCAUGCUCACACCGAUUCGUUUCAUCGAUUUGAUAAGUUUAAUCUCAAGUAUAACCCAGUUGGAGAGUCUCGUCUCCGGACAAUUUUCCUCAAGACGGAUAAUUUCAUCCAUGGCCGUUACCUUGCCGAGAUAACGAAGGAAGUCAUUUCUGAUCUUGAAUCGAGCAAGUAUCAAAUGGUUGAGUGGCGUAUCUCCAUCUAUGGUAAAUCCAUAGAUGAGUGGGAUAAGCUUGCCGCCUGGGUGGUUGACAACAAGCUCUUUUCUCACAACGUCCGCUGGCUGAUUCAGAUCCCCCGCCUUUACGACGUCUACAAAGCUAGUGGCUUGAUGGAUACGUUUGAACAGGUGGUGAAAAACGUUUUCCAGCCACUCUUUGAAGUCACCAAAGACCCAGCCAGCCACCCAAAGCUGCACAUCUUCCUUCAACGAGUGAUUGGUUUCGAUAGCGUCGACGAUGAAAGUAAAGUUGAGCGUCGACUCUUCAAAAAGUUCCCAGUGCCAAAAGUCUGGGAUACCAAGCAAAACCCACCGUAUAGCUAUUGGAUAUACUACCUCUACUCGAAUCUGGUGUCCCUGAACUAUUGGCGGAAGAAGCGUGGGUUCAACACACUCGUUUUGCGACCCCAUUGUGGAGAAGCUGGUGAUAGCGAGCACUUGGCUGUUGCCGCCUUAUGCUGUCACAGCAUCAGCCAUGGACUGCUUCUCCGCAAGGUACCUCUUCUUCAGUAUGUGUUUUACUUGGACCAGAUUGGUAUUGCCAUGUCGCCGCUGAGUAACAAUGCUCUAUUCCUUGCUUAUGAGCGUAACCCUUUCCACCAGUACUUUAAGAGAGGUCUCAACGUGUCGUUGUCAACGGAUGACCCUUUGCAGUUUGCUUUUACUAAAGAGCCCUUGAUUGAGGAGUACGCAGUUGCAGCGCAGAUUUACAAGCUCAACUCGGUCGACAUGUGUGAGCUAGCCAAGAACUCCGUCAAGCAGAGUGGGUAUGAAUUGUCUAUCAAAGAGCAUUGGCUUGGACGUGGUUGCAACAAGCCUGGAAAGGAAGGCAACGCCAUGGUCAAAACCAAUGUUCCCGAUCGAAGAGAAGAGUUUCGCUAUUUUACGUUGAUGCAAGAGAGGGAUGUACUGUCAAAAUACGUCACAUACAAUGCUGCCAGCGACUAUGUUGCACAAGCUGCAGGUAAUGACAGCAAGAUGUCGGAGUCAGUAGCAUCGAUCUCUGGCCAGUUCUCUGGUAUGGGUGUGACGACAGGCAAUGAAGCAGCCAGUGCCGAGAUGUCUCCUCCAGCAGGCCAUUCCAUCACAAAAGUUGCGUCGCAGGUUGGACUAUCCACAGGCCGGGAUCAACCAUGGCCCAGUGAUUCUAUGGCAGACCAUCAUCUUUCAGGCAGUGAUCCGAGAAUGUUUCCCGGCAUCUUUACUCGAGGGCACCGUACCGGCAGCAUGCGAAACCUUGCCCAGGCUGGUGAUGAGCGGGACACUGAAGACGAUGUUCUCGAGUCUGAGACUUGA